AUGGCUCUUAGUAAAGGUCUCAAGAUGAACACACUGUUAAAAAUUUGCACACGAAAAUACGGAUUUACUGCUAUUCGACGGGACUAUGGACCAGAAGCGGUGGAGAAACUCCGAGGAUCUUUAAAGAUAGAGUACACCUUAGCCACACGAGGCGCACAGCGGCUUUGGAAACUGAUAAACCGUGGAGAAAACUCGUAUGUGAACGCUCUUGGCGCCAUGACAGGUAGUCACAGAAACUUUUCUUUGAAAAGAACUCCGUAAGGUUUUUUACAAAAUAAAAAUGCACUAGGAGUGUUUUAGAGCAUUUUAACUUUGGCUUUCUCUCAUUAGAACAACUUGUUGAUGUUCGCAUCAUAAUAGCAGAUCUUUUAAAAGUUGUUAAAUGAACUUUGCGUGAUAUUUAUUUUCAACGUAUAUUCUCGGAGCAGUCAGAUACCAAUUGAUGUUAAUGCCAGAAUGGUUUUUUAUCACUUUCAGGGGUAUCUCAAAUAUUUCCUUGUAAGUUUCUUAGCUACUCAUGCCAUUUUUCCUUUUGACUCGUACAAGAGAAAAAACUCUCUUUCUAAGGCUCAUUGGCGCACGAAUACUUCUUCAUCAGAGUUAAAGAAACAAGCAACUUUUUUUCGCCUUAAGAAAAAAAUGAACAUGCACUCAACCAUGUAAAUGAUACAAUCAUGACGGAUUAAAAUCGGAUUAGACAAAUUUUCCUCUGGUUAUACAGUUAUGCUAAUCGUGCUGUACAUCUUGGCCCUGAUAAGGCGAUCAUGAAUUCAACAGAAUAAUCGAUCAUCCAAAUUCAGCUCCAUGAUGAUAAUGUAUAGGCACACUGAGUCGUUAUAAAUAAAGAACCUUUCUUAGCGGACAUAUUUUGCCGGGUCCGAGAUCCCGUUGAACGUCUUCGAAAUCACGAAAUCACGAAAUCACGAAAUCACGAAAUCACGAAAUCUAUGGGUCCGAGAUCCUAAUCUCUAAUUGCCUACGUUUUCCAACUGAACAUUGAAUGACGGAAUCUAACCGUGUUUAAUGACCUUCUUUAGGUGGUCAAGCAGUUCAAAUGGCUAAGGCCGGUUUACAUUCUAUUUAUCUGAGUGGCUGGCAAGUAGCGGCAGACAGUAACAUGGCAAGUCAAACCUACCCUGAUCAGAGUUUGUAUCCCGCAAACUCAGCGGCAAAGCUUGUUGAACGAAUCAAUAACGCCUUCAUCAGAGCAGAUCAGAUUGCGCACAUGGAAGGGAAUGAUCAACAUAUCGAUUUCUUUUUGCCAAUUGUGGCUGAUUGUGAGGCUGGAUUUGGUGGCCCGUUGAACGCCUUCGAAAUCACGAAAUCUAUGGUAAGUGUCUCAUCAAAGUUCCAUUCAGCUUUCUUUUUUUCCCCAAUUUCUAUUGAACAGAACACAAACGACUCAACAAUAAUGCUUGAAUGCUGAAUAUAGUGGGUCAGUUUAGUUUAUAAUUCCCUUCGGUGGUUUAGUUAUUUCUGAACUGGAAAGAGAGUACAUCGAACAUCUGGUAGAAAAAGACAGAAAAGUGGAAGAGUUCAAACCAAGAGUGAGAUUGGAGCCUUUGAUUCGAGCAAACACAAAUUCUCACCCUUCAAAAUCAAACCGCCUAUCCGUCCCAUAGAGCAAGCGAAGAAUGGUGAUUUAAUCGCAACUAUUUCCUUCAUAAAAAAAGACCGAUUGCGAAAGACGGAGAAUUACCAAAAUCUCCCUCAUUCAAAUAUUGAUAGUGACUAAAGUAAGCUGGGAUUUUAUCUUUUUUUUCUAUCAACUCAAACAGAUCCUAGCUGGUGCUGCAGGCGUCCAUUUUGAAGAUCAGUUGGCAUCAGAGAAGAAAUGUGGUCACAUGGGAGGAAAGGUUCUUCUGCCAACUCAACAGUUUAUCAAAGUCCUAAACGCUGCUCGUUUUGCUACUGACGUCAUGGGUGUUCCUACCGUUAUCAUUGGACGAACAGAUGCUGAGUCAGCGGCGCUUGUGACGUCAGAUAUCGAUCCACGUGACCAGCCAUUCUUGACUGGCGAAAGAACAGCCGAAGGAUUUUAUCGAUCAACCGCUGGGCUGCAGCAAGCCAUUGCUCGUGGAUUAAGCUACGCUCCAUAUUGUGAUAUAAUCUGGUGCGAGACAGGUAAACCUAACUUGGACGAAGCGCACAUGUUUGCCGAUGGAAUCCACUCCAUGUUUCCAGGAAAGCCGCUCGCAUACAACUGCUCGCCUUCCUUCAACUGGAAAGCCAACCUCAGCGAUAAGGAGAUUGCUGAGUUUCAGAAAGAACUUGGUAAAAUGGGCUACAGAUAUCAGUUUAUUACCUUAGCUGGUUUUCACUCGCUUAAUCAUGCUAUGUUCAAGUUAGCACGUGACUACAGAGAUCACGGUAUGUCUGCCUACACCAAGAUUCAAGAAGACGAGUUUGCGCAAGCGCAAUUCGGCUUUACAGCACAUAAACAUCAGAGGGAGGUAGGGACAGGAUAUUUUGACCAGGUAAGUAUGGCGGUCAGCGGAGGCACAAGUUCAACAACAGCUUUGGAAGGAUCAACUGAAACGGAACAAUUUUGUAGCCACGACUUGGACUCACAAAGGAUCAGUGCUAAUUAA